AUGAGGCUCUCUGCUUUGCUCUCCAUGUGCGCGGCGCUUGUGGUCAACGCUUCUCCAAUCCCCAACUUUGUAUACACUGUCGGUCAGAAGUUCUUCCUGAACGGACAUGAGUACACCUUCGCCGGGACGAAUGCGUACUGGCUCGCCCAGAUGAGCAACUCAGACAUCGACCAAGCCUUCUCCGACAUCGCCGCUUCGGGAGUAACGACCGUCCGUACCUGGGGAUUCAACGAUGUGACCUCUGUCCCGAGCUACGGGACGUACUACCAACUGUGGACAAACGGCACCGCAGCGAUCAACUACGGCUCUAACGGGCUGGCUAAAUUCGACUAUGUUGUCCAGUCCGCGGCGGCGCAUGGGCUGCACUUGGUCGUCACACUCACGAACAACUGGAGCGAUUAUGGCGGGAUGGACGUGUACGUGAGUGAGCUGGCUCCCAACGCGGGGGGAUACCACGACCUCUUCUACACCGAUCCAACCAUCAUCGAAGCGUACAAAACGUACGUCUCGGCCUGGCUCACCCGGUACACAGCGAACCCCACCAUCCUCUCCUGGGAACUGGCAAACGAGCCCCGGUGCGCUGGGACCUCCUCCCCCGCCUCCUCAGCCUGCGACACCACGACGAUCACUACCUGGGUAAGCACCCUCAGCGCAUAUAUCAAGAGUGUCGACCCGUACCACCUAGUCGCUAUCGGGGACGAAGGGUGGUUCCAGCGCCCGGGGGCACAGCCGUACCCGUAUGAUCCGAGCGUGGGGAUCUCGUUCGAUGAUAAUAUCAUGGUGCCUACGCUGGACUGGGGGACGCUGCAUUUGUACCCCGAGUACUGGGGUCAGGCGGAUAACGUUACCGAAUUCGGCAUCGCCUGGAUCCGGGACCACGCCACCGUCCAGAAACUCGCCAACAAGCCCGUAGUAAUCGAAGAGUUCGGAGUGACGAUCGCGAACCAGUCACUCGUCUAUCCUCAGUGGUGGGACGAAGUCCUCAGUUCGGGACUGGCGGGGGACGCGAUCUGGCAGUCGGGGAGCUACUUGAGUGGCGGACCGAGCCCGAACGAUGGGUUUACUUAUUAUCCUAAUUCGACGGUGUAUGCGCUUGUGAGGGAGUAUGCGGGGUUGUUGAAGGCGCGGGGAUAG